UGUCAAAUAACCGAUAUGAACUAUAAGAUCUGACCAUGAGAUACAGAGGACGAUUUGCUAAAGAGGUGAAGGCAAGGAAUCGACAAUGUAAGCAAGAAAAUAUUUUUAAAGCACGAACGUGUAGGAAAAACGCUGUUCAGUCAUGUAAUGCAGACUUGCCGACAAACGCACCGUCAGGUUCCAGUUCUUUGCCACACGAAUGUUCAUCUGCUUGUCCACCAGUUGCUGAAAACACAACAAUCCCAUCUUUAGAUCACUCUUACUCCAUGUUUCCAGCUUCAUCUUCAUUUGAUUUUGUUAAUGACACAUUUUUUUCCGGUAAACUCAGAUCUGUUACUCAUACGCGUUUUGUUGUUGAUUUGCAAUGUCUUUUUGAAAAUAUGAAGUGUAAUUACUGUGACCUGGAACUAAAAUUCAAACAAGCUAUUGGUGUACUUCCCGCUGGGAUAACUGGCCACUUAGUUCUGAGAUGCCACAGUCGUUAUCGGUAUGUGCGGGCCGCUAUGGGGAAGGUACAUCGUGUGCCUAACAAGCACAGGUGACCACCUGUUUUCGAUGUCAAUUCCAAACUGGCAACAGCAAUCCAUCACUCUGGGAUAGGGCCCACACAGGCUAACAACUUUAUCACAGCAUUGAACCUGCCAUUUGUUAGCUCCGGUCUUUUCAAGAAAAGAAGUGACGAAGUCAGUGAUACGUUACAGAGAGUUGCCGUAGCUUUGUCUAAGGAAGUAGAAAUGACAGUUAAUGAUGGGAUUAUCCAUCCUACAGCCCCAAGAAAUUCGCCCCAUGGAUAUCCACCCCAUGCAACUACUGAGCAUGUGAAAGGCAGUGUUGCCUUGGUAGAUGAAACCUGCCUGCAAGAUGGGAUUAUCCAUCCUACUGCCCUAGGAAAUCUGCCCCUUGGAUAUCCAUCCUAUGCAACUACCGAGCAUGUGAAAGGCAGUGUUGCCUUGGUGGAUGAAACCUGCCUGCAAGAUGGGAAUAUGUAUCCUACCGCCCCAAGAAAUCCACCCCUUGGAUAUCCACCCCAUGCAACUACUGAGCAUGUGAAAGGCAGUGUUGUCUUGGCGGAUGAAGCCUGCCUGCAAGAUGGGAAUAUGUAUCCUAACACCCCAAGAAUUCCGCCCCAUGCAUAUCCAUCCCAUGCAACUACUGAGCAUGUGAAAGGCAGUGUUGCCUUGGCGAAUGAAGCCUGCCUGCAAGAUGGGAUUAUCCAUCCUACUGCCCUAGUAAAUCUGCCCCAUGGAUAUCCACCCCAUGCAAAUACCGAGCAUGUGAAAGGCAGUGUUGCCUUGGCAGAUGAAGCCUGCCUGCAAGAUGGGAUUAUCCAUCCUACUGCCCUAGGAAAUCUGCCCCUUGGAUAUCCAUUCCAUGCAACUACCGAGCAUGUGAAAGGCAGUGUUGCCUUGGUGGAUGAAACCUGCCUGCAAGAUGGGAUUAUGUAUCCUACCGCCCCAAGAAAUCCACCCCUUGGAUAUCCACCCCAUGCAACUACUGAGCAUGUGAAAGGCAGUGUUGCCUUGGUGGAUGAAGCCUGCCUGCAAGAUAGGAAUAUAUAUCCUAAUGCCCCAAGAAAUCUGCCCCAUGGAUAUCCACCCCAUGCAACUACUGAGCAUGUGAAAGGCAGUGUUGCCUUGAUGGAUGAAACAUGUCAAAAGCAAUGGUCUCAACAUAGUUAUUACAGCCCUUCAGAUGGUAACCCUGAUUUCAUUUCAUCUGCUCCAGAUAUCCAUGUUGCAGGCAUUAUUGCCUCUGCUGAUGGGGCAUACCAAAAAAGAGGUUCUGGACAAAGUCACAACAGUCUUUCAGGUACAGCAACUCUUAUAGGAAAAAGAACUGGAAAAGUUAUUGCAGCUACUUCACAAUCCAAAAGAUGCAGAACUUGCACACUUGCGAAAAAGAGGAAAGUUACCCCGAGGAAGCAUAAAUGUGUCAAAAACUGGACAGGGUCAGCAAAGUCAAUGGAGGCUGAUAUGGUGGUGGAAAUGCUUAAAGAUGUAAAGGAAAGGAAUGCCACAGUUACUACACUGAUAGGGGAUGAUGACACAACAGGAUUUCAACGGGCAAGAGAUGAGGUUUUUAAAGAGAUGGAAAAAGUCAGUGACAGCAAUCAUGUUAAAAAAAACAUUUCCAAUCAGCUGUUUAAAUUAAAAGGAAACUUCAAAGAAAUGUCUGUGAAAACCAUCAAUGCUAUUAUCAAAAGCUUCGAGUACAUGCUAGCACAAUCUAAGGGUUCAACUGAUUUGAUGAAAAAGAACAUGGAUUCAGUAGUACUUCAUCAAUUUGGUACCCAUGAAAACUGUGGAAACUGGUGCAGAAUGAAGAGUGAUGGAUCCAAAAAGCACAAAAACUUACCAUGGAGUGCUGAUCUGAAGAAUGAACAACUGAAAGAAGAUCUUUUAAAAAUUUUCAGAAAGUUAGAUGUGCAGAAAUUAAGCAAAUUAGACAGCACUAAUGCAAAUGAAAGUUUUGAUAAUAUACUUCGAUCCAAAGCACCCAAAGACAAGCACUACAGUGAAAGUGGCAGUCUACAGAAUCGGCUUGCAGUUGCUGUUAGUCAAAAAAACGAAGGCUAUGGUUACAUUUCCAAGGUAAAUGAAGACCUUGGUUUGAGUCCAGGAAAUGCAACUACAAUGUGUGCUAGGCUAAGAGAUAAAGAUGUGGAAAGAAAACGUAAAGUGGCCAAAACAAAGAAAUUCAAACUUAGACGAUUGCAGUUAAAAUCUGAAAGAAGUCUGGAAACAAGAAGUGCAGAAGUCAGGGAGGGAGAUACAUAUAGUUCCAAUAUCAUGGAUGGAACAAAUGAAACUGACAUAAGAAGAAUCCCUGAAAUUGGAUUUAAACCAAAGUAUGUCUACUUUAAUUUGGAAACGACAGGCUUAGCAAGGACAUCUUCUAUUACCCAGAUAUCUGCUGUGUAUGGUGAAGUAGUCUUCAGUGAGUUUGUUACUCCCACACAGCCUAUAUCAGCAGAGGCAGAGGCAGUCACUGGGAUCAGAUUUGACUCCAGCACUAACCAAAUGACACAGUAUGGCACUGUAGUGGAACACAAUCAUAUCAUGAAUGUUCUGUUGAAUUUUAUUGAUUUCCUUAGACCUCUGAAGGAAAAUAUCGUUCUUGUUGCUCAUAACUGUAGAAAUUUUGACUGUAUUAUUCUGUAUAAUCAGUUAGUAUUACAGAGUCUUUGGAAGUAUUUUUGCGAGCUUGUGAUUGGCUUCAGUGAUACUUUACCUUUUUUCAAAAGGCUUCAUCCAGAAUUUCAAAACUAUAAACAGACAACGUUAGCUGUUAAAUUGUUACAUGAGAAAUAUUCUGCUCAUGAUGCCUUAGAGGACUGUAACAUGCUGCAGAAAUUGGUAAAGGAAACAUCUUCAGAGGGAAUGCUUUUUGAUACAUUUUUCUUUAGUGUAAGUCAAAUUACUGGCCAUGGUGUUGAACAUGCAUCUUGUACUAUUGAGUAUUUGUGUGCUAAGAAAGUUCUAUCAAAAGCAAUAGCCAAAAAAGUUUUAGCCUCAUCACUUACUUAUGAUUGUCUGAAACUUGCAUUUGAAAGAGAUGGGUAUGAUGGGGUUCAUGCCCUUCUUAGUGAGAGAGAUGCUGUAACAGGUAAACCACGAGUAAGUAAAUGCCAGAAAGUUGUUAAAAAAUUGGUGGACUACUUCGCACAGUAAUUGAAUAUUAUGCUUCUUGGUCAUGAUUGUUAUAAUGCAUUGUAUGUAUACAUGUUAAAGAAUAUGGUUUACUAGGGAUUUCCUAUGCAUGUAGAAGUGACUUGUAAUAUGACUGGGAAAAAAAAGAUGUAUUUGCAAAGAAACUUGAGUUUGGAAACAUGGAAUGGAAGUAUAAAAUGUCUCUGUCAAAAUAUGUUAGCAUAAAAAUGUAUGUGUAUAUUUCAAAGAUUGCUUUAUUAUAUAUGACCUGUAUUAUAUGUAGAUAAUUAAUACAUUAAUAUGAAGGAGGAUUAAGAAACGUAGAAUCAAACUAUGAUGAUUUUAAUGAAUUUAAGUUUUCCGAUGUUUCCUAAUGUAUUUUUUUAUGCCCCGCAAUGAAUAUGGCCGGGGCAUAUAGUGUUUGUCAUGUCUGUCUUCCAUCCUUCCGUCACGCUUUGCGUUUACCUCACUUUGAGGCUCAGUUUCAAAGAAACUAUAAUAGAUAUUUUCAUCAAGCUUCAUUUGCUGAUAAAUAAUGAUGAGAGCUAAGCAACUCAUCUGACCUUGACCUCACUUUUAUCAAUUUGUGUUUUAGUUAGUCAAUUUUAAAGAAACCAUUCAUAAUAUUUUUUUCAAUUUCAUAUGCUAAUACAUUUAAAUUCUAAUGUAAGCCUUAUCAACUGCAACAUAUUUUUACAUUGACCUUUCCCUUGACCUUAACUUCAAGAUAUUCUGAUCAAAUUUCAUACACUAAUGCAAAAUUUUAUGUUGCAUUAUUAUUAUACCUUUGCUGGGGCAUUCAUGUCCUAUGGACAUAUUUCUAGUUUUGAAAAUAAAUUACUACUUAAUAUAGGGUAUAUAAUUAAUGGAGGUCAUAAUAUAUAGAGAUUACAUGUAUAAAGGAGAUAAUGGAGGCUUUGUCAUAAUAUUUAUAUAGUUAGAGAAAGAUAUAAAGUAUUUAGAAAAGAAUGUAUCCCAGGAAUUAAUUGUGUAUAGUAUGAAUAUAUAUAUUACAUGUACAAGUGAUUUCAUUUAUUUUUUGGGUAACAUUAUUUUACAAAAAUACAUGUAAAAAUAAAUGAACAAAAGAUAAAAAAUAAACGUACAUAUAAAUUCUUGUAUGUGUACAAUGACAUAUUUCUUUGUUUUAUCAAUCAUAUAAAACACUCUUUUUUUAUGAGGCCCGUUAUUCUGGAAAUCUUGUUGGCAGACAGAGUGCCCGUUUUCUGAACCUAUUGUGAUAUAGCAGGCACGUAGCAAAGGGGGGGGGGGGGGCUCCCGUGUUAUCCCAACAUUACCCUUGACUAUUGGAAAUGCUCAUUGUAAAGACUGCCCCCCCCCCCCAACUUUAGUAUUGUAGGCUGCAAUGGUACCGGAAGAAGUUGGCAUUGAAAAAAGAUGGUCUCAACCCCCCAUCCCCACCCCUACUGGGAAAUCCCCCCUUCUUGUCAACUUUUCCAGGCAGGUAUAAAAAAAGAAUUCUCUGGCUGGCCCCCUCACUUUCAAAUUGAAAAACAAUGCUACGUCAAUGCACAGUUUCUCCAAGUGCUCGAAGCAGAUUUUCAGCUCUGCAUGCAUGACGUUUCUUCAGUGAUAAGGACGCCACUAGCUCUGAUAGUGCUUUCAUUCCUAGAACAGUUGAUAUUAUGAUAUCCAAUGGAUUAUGGUCUAAACAUUUCCGAAUUUUGAAAUGACCCUUUUCAAAAAUUAUGCAGUUUAGAGUCUUAAGCUAAGUGAUUUAUGCAAAUCAUUGUAGAGGUAUAGAGAAUAUGUCAUUUUGAAGGAUAUCUCAAACCAUAAAAAAAAAAUAACUACUGAAAACAGAGCUGCAUCAGUACAGGUAUACUUCAUUCAUUCAUGGGCGUCAGAAGCAAAUUGAAGAAGGGGGCCGCUAAUCGAAAGUGGGGGCUAAACCAACGAAAGAAAGUAAAUCAUAAAUUUCCAUGCCUAUAUAAUGUCUAUUUUUGCAAACAAAAAAAGGAGGGGGGGGAGCUUAGUCCUACCCAGUUCCGACACCUAUGUUCAUGUAUUUCGAUUUUUAAAGAACAGAACAGGCAGUAUUCAAUCAACAAAAUGUGAUUACAGAUUUUUUAUAACAAAAUUACCACUAAAAUUUAUCAGUAAAAUAAAACAUGUAAAAAUAUGUGAUUUUAUAAUUGCUUUAUCCAGCUUGAUGAAAAUGUUGGUGUACAUUCAUUUCGAUAUACAUAUAUCCUGCAACUACCCCUAGCAGUGACCAGAUGUAACAUAUAAUAAAGAUAGGUUUAUUCUUCAAUGCACUAAAAACCAUUCUGUCUGUAUUGACAUUCUAAAUGCAUUGUGACGUCAUGUAUACUGCAAUGUUAACGUCAAAUGCUAAAAUCUGUUUGAAAAUGGCUCAAGUCCAAUUUUGAGACACCCCCGUCAUGAUAUCAUGUAGUUUUUUUGUUUUUAUUUUACAUGCAAAUGAUAAAAAAAAUAAUCUAAGUAAUAUAUUUCCCAAUAUUGAAUUAAAUCUUAAUAAAUUCUAAUAAAAAAUGCAAUAAUAUCUUAUCGCAUUGGGAAUUUUUGCUAAAAUUUUAGGUUUUGAGAUGCCCCCUUUUGAAAACCAGACGGUAGAAUUUGAUGUUAAGUACAUAUAAUGUAGAAUGUAGCAUUCCUCACUACAUACUACGAUUUGAACGAAAAGUCUAUUGUAGUAUUUUUUAAAUUUGCUUCGAUGUGCCAAAAAAUGACAAUUUCCUAUAUAAUCCUAUAGUAAAAGUACCUGAAUUUUGAGAUGGUCCCCCUAAAAUAACCAGACGGUAGAUUUUGCUGAAACUGUGUAUAUAUAUCAAUACAAGUGUAAGUAAUAUAUGAUAUAAAAAUAAAGAAUUUCGCUAUUGUAGUUUUCCCGCAAAAAAACUAUAGUCGGCCCC